AUGAGUAACACAGGCAGCGCUGUGCCGCAGACUACUAGUAGCAAUCCAAUUGUGUUUUUCGAUGUCGCUCUCGGUGGUGAGCCACUGGGCCGUCUGAAGUUGGAACUUUUCGCAGAUGUGACGCCACGGACAGCUGAAAAUUUCCGUCAGUUCUGCACCGGAGAGAGCAAGAACCAGCAAGGCCGGCCUCAGGGCUACAAAGGAAGUAAAUUCCAUAGAGUAAUUAAGGACUUCAUGAUCCAAGGAGGUGAUUUCGUCAAUGGUGACGGCACAGGUUCAUGUACCAUAUAUGGCACUCCGAAGUUCUCAGAUGAGAAUUUUACUCUCCGGCAUGAUCGUCCAGGUCUGCUAAGUAUGGCUGUAAGCAUGCCUAUAUUUCUAUCGGGGAUCAGCGACAGUUAA